ACCAGCCCAGACGGCGAAGCACACACAAAGCAAGCGUCUCUCCCACGAUAAACAAACAGUGAACUAAUCGGUGUUGUUGUUAUUGCUGCUGCUGUUCGAGUGGUUCCUCCAGAAAGGGUUCUCUGGAGGGCUGUGUGCUUCACGUGAGCGGCAAGUGAAAGUGAAAAACACACAAAGAGACAGCCUCGAGACAAAGGAAGUGUACGGCCAGCAGCUGUAUUGUGCACCUUCUUUUCGUCGCGCAAGGAAUCAAUUAUCGGGCAAAGCAUAAAAAUGCCACCUUCCCGACUGGAUGGCUUGUAUCGUUCGCUGCUGCUGACCAAGUUCUUCUGCAAAGGCUGGGGAAAGCCGGAAAAUAUCGAAAGAUUGUUUGAGUUCCGUAAGAUCAUCUCGAACCGGGCCGCCUGUUCACAGCUGAUACCACGGGAUUAUCCGGUGGAGAUUACGCGCGAAGAGGUACAAUCGGAUUGUAAGAUCCUGGAGGGCAAGUUCAUCACACCGCUGGAGAUUUAUAUGCCAGGUCUGGUGCCGGAUGUGGCCCAACAAGCCCACUUCCAGGUCGUGCUACCGCUCAAGUGGAACGACGAACGGUACAAACCGAUCUGCAUCCAUCUGGCCGGUACUGGCGAUCAUUACUUCUGGAAGCGAAGGAAUAUGAUCGCCAAACCGCUGCUGAAGGAAGCGAAUCUCGGUGCCAUCAUCCUCGAGAAUCCGUUCUACGGUUUACGGAAGCCAAAGGAGCAAAGAGCAUCGAGUCUACAGAAUGUGUCCGACAUAUUCGUGAUGGGUGGUUGCCUUGUCCUGGAAUCGCUGGUGCUUCUGAACUGGUGUGAACGGAACGGAUUGGGACCGCUAGGCAUAACUGGGCUCUCGAUGGGUGGCCAUAUGGCAUCAUUGGCGGCCACGAACUGGCCAAAGCCGCUAGUACUCGUACCGUGCCUUUCGUGGUCAACGGCUUCAUCUGUCUUUACCGAGGGUGUCAUGAGCCAUUCCAUCAACUGGGACGUCCUCGAGACGCAGUACUUUGCCGAUGGUAACUUUCGGGAGCGCCUCUCGAAGAUGGUGACUGUCGUCGAUGAUGCAUUUGUCGCCGGUAAGCAGUUCAUCAAGAACUUUGACCAAUCGGUCGAAGAGUUGAGGCAGGAUAUCGACGAAGCAAAGGAUCUUGUGUGCGGUGUAGCAACGGUGGAUGUUAAUUUGACCGUUAUUCGCGAGGCGACGCCAGAGCUCACCGAUGAAGCACAAAAGGAGCAGCAGCAACAACAGGAAGAGGAGGAGAGAAAGCAGCUAAAGAGCCGCAUCCAUAUUAAUCGCACAAACGCCCUGAACCUUUCGGAACCGUUGCUCGAGAAGCUCCUGUCGAAUGUGCGGUGCGAACUGACCCAAGAAGAGAUCGAUGAGCUCAACAUGAAGAUCCAUCUGGCGCUCAAGCGCCACAACGAGGAACACCAGAGCGAAGCCGGUCAACCCGGGGAAAAGUUGAUUCUUGAGGUGAAGCCGAACUCGGUGAAACCAACCAAUGCGGAAGGUGGUGCGGUCGACCUAGUGCCAGCACCAGCGACAUCGGUUGGAUCGAAGAUUCUGCAGUACAUUAGCUGGCGGUCAGGAUCAUCGGGGAGUGAGGGUGAGAAACGUGUACCGAUCGACACUACCAAGCAGCGUUGGUGGGAACGGGAAGCCCUCCAGUUCAUGCGUGGCAUGAUGGACGAGUGUACGCAUCUGAAGAACUUCUCCGUUCCGUACGAUACGUCGCUCAUCAUUGCGGUUUGCGCCAAAGAUGAUGCAUACAUUCCGCGGGAAGGGUGCACGAGCCUGGAGGACAUUUGGCCUGGUGCCGAGAUCCGGUACCUCGAUGCAGGCCAUGUCAGUGCGUACGUGCUGCACCAGAAGCUGUUCCGAUCUUGCAUCAUCGAGGCGUUCGAACGAGCAAAGAAGAAGUGGGUACCGGUAAGCGAUGGUCUUCGGCAGGAGGUGAACGGUACGGUUACCCCGACAACGGACCAACCGCCAAGUAAAUAAUCGAAUCUACCAAAUUGACGCUGGGACUGCACCGGGUUACCAAAGAGAACCAAAGCCAAGUGCAUCAUCCCGUAGGGCCUUAGGCGGUGGGUAACCGCGAAAAAGGGAUUUGCGUCAUAGCUACGCCAUCCUUACGGGGCCAUCAUGCACAUCGGUGCACGGUAUUGGGUUUUGCGGUGAAGAAAGUCGGACCACAUCUCUCCGUUUUAACGGAAUGAGUGCUAUGCCAUGCUUCUUCCUUCUUCGCCAGCAUCGCCGACCAGUCAACGAAAGGAGGAAUGUUUCCUGUUUAGUGUUAAGAACCGAUCGGAACUGGACGGAUUGUGAUAAAUCGACACGACUUCGUGAAUAACGAGCUCAAAAGAUACAGAAAGAGAGAGAAUGAAUGUGGCAGACUGAGAAGAUCGGACUCGAUCAUGUAGGGAGUGUAUAAGUUAUUGUUAGAUGAUCCAUUUGUAUUUUUAUAUAUUAUGUUUCACAAGUCGUAGCGUACAAACAGAACUAGAGCAACGGAGUGAUUCGUUUUGCGGGGUGCGCGAAUUUUGUGCAUCCCAACCCGGGGGAAAACUGCGAAAGUUUAGAGAGAUUUUGUUUUUUCCCCACUCAAAGAACCAUAUGUGCAAACGCUUCUUGAAUGAUAUUUAAUAAAAUUAACAAAAUUA